AUGGAGAGCAUUCGAUACCAGUUUUUGAAGCUGUUUUUUGUAAGUCUCCUGCUCUCUGGGGCGAAUGCAGAAUCAGGUACAAAAGCUUUCCUGAAGAAAUUCAACACGUAUAAUGAAGUGUGUCGUGGAAUGGGCUUCAAGGGAAAUAACUGUAAUGGGCGUGAAAGAGAUAUUAUCUCAUUUCAUGCCCGAAUGGCAAGUAAUCUGCAGAACCUCGGAAGUAAUGCCGUAGUGGUAUUUGGAAAAGUUACAGAAAAUUCUGGAUCCGCCUAUAAUAGUAAGACAGGGAUAUUCACGGCGCCUCAGGAUGGAAUCUAUUCAUUUACAUGGACCAUUCUGACACACCGUGGGAAGACGUUUAAUACAAAUAUUGUUCUCAAUGAUAAAAGUAAUACCAUUGGAUACAACUAUGCAGACGGAAAGACUGGAAGUAAUACUUACUCAUCAGGAUCAGCCACGACAAUUAUAAAAAUGAAGAAGAAUGACAAGGUCUGGAUAAAAACGUAUGCAGGACAAGGGGAAUACGCUGAUGGUUAUUGGUCCUCGUUUUCUGGUUUUAAGUUGUCGUGAUUUUAAA